AUGCAGCUGAAAAAUAAUGUGACUGAGUUUAUUCUGCUUGGGUUGACACAAGAUCCUGUUAGGAAGAAAAUAGUGUUUGUCAUUUUCUUGAUUUUCUACUUGGGGAUAUUGCUGGGUAACUUGCUGAUUAUUGUUACCAUCAAGACCAGCAGGGCACUUGGGAGUCCAAUGUAUUUCUUCCUUUUCCACUUAUCCUUAUAUGAUGCCUGCUUCUCUACUUCCAUAGCUCCUAGGAUGAUUGCUGAUGCCCUUUUGAAGAAUGCCACUAUCUCUUUCAGUGAGUGCAUGAUCCAAGUCUUUACAUUCCAUUUCUUUGGCUGCCUAGAGAUCUUCAUCCUUGUCCUCAUGGCUGUUGACCGCUAUGUGGCCAUCUGUAAGCCUCUACACUACACGACCAUCAUAAGUCAUCGAGUCUGUGGUGUGCUAAUGUCCCUGACCUGGUUGGGGUCCUGCGUGCAUUCAUCAGCUCAGAUUUUUCUAGUCUUGACUCUGCCUUUCUGUGGUCCCAAUGUAAUUGAUCACUACUUCUGUGACUUGCAGCCUUUGUUGAAACUUGCCUGUACAGACACCUAUGUGACCAGCUUACUCUUGGUGUCCAACAGCGGGGCCAUCUGUACAGUGAGUUUUCUCAUGCUGGUGUUGUCCUAUGUCGUCAUCUUGCACUCUCUGAGAAACCACAGUGCUGAAGGGAGGAAAAAAGCCCUCUCCACCUGCAUCUCCCACAUCAUCGUGGUCAUCUUGUUCUUUGGUCCAUGCAUAUUUAUAUAUACUCGCCCUGCAACCACCUUCUCCAUGGAUAAGACGAUGGCUGUGUUUUAUACAAUUGGGACACCUUUGAUCAACCCUCUGAUUUAUACCCUGAGGAAUGCAGAAGUGAAAAAUGCCCUGAGGAUGUUAUGGAGCAAGAAGUUGAUGUCAGAUGACAAAAGAUGGAUAGAAAUUUCAAGAUUUAUUCAGUGUUUGAACUGA